CAUGCAUACAUAUAUUUCAUAAAUAUUUGCUUUCAAUUCUAAAAAUGUCACGUAAAAUAUCCCACAUGGAUAUGAAUCCAAAGUAUAUGCGCGCGUUUCAAAUCGCCCACAAGAAAUCCAUAGCAAAUGCCCAGAGUAAAGUCGAUAUGAAGCCCACCAAAUUAAUGACCAAUACUUUUCUGAAUGUCAAUAAAUUGAAAGACGAUUUUAUGGCCAGCAAAAGAAUACUGGACAGCAAUAUACAGCUGUUGAGAAGAAUUAACCACAUACAAAGGACUCAUGGCAAGAUCGACAAUUACAAUAAAUAUAAGGGUCAAAGAUCCACCUACCUUGAGAGAGCUAAUAAGCGCAUAGAGGAAAUCCAAAAGGAAAAUUUGGCAUUAGGUUGUCGAUUGCUGAAGGUUAAAUCCUCUUUGGAUACGCGCCGAAGUGAAGGACUGUUGCAAAUGAAGAGGCAUCCAAUUCGGUUAAAUGAUAACAUGGUUAUAGCUUACAUGAGUGCUACCCACAUUCCAGAGAGAUCUAUUAUGGAAGCACUAUUAAGGCCCCAUAUCUAUUUGGAUCUCUACGUUAAGAAUCUAAGACCUUUGGGUCGACUAAACCUACUCCUCUAUGCCGAAGCAUGUCCCGACUUGGUAUUAGAGUUUGUGCGCAUAUGCACAUACCAUGCAAGCGAAAAAUUGCAAUUUAUGCGUAUAUUUCCUUCCUUGUGGAUUGAAGGCAAGUUAAUGGUGGAAAAUAGUGCCCUCCAUGGCAAGCAUUAUGAAUACAGCCACACCGAGAGCUUGAAUCAUUCACAAAAUAUUGGAGUUCUUUCAUUUUCCAGCAACAAUUUGAAAGGUUUUCCUUCUGGCUGCUUGAGCUUUACCAUCAGCUUUAAAACUUUGCCUAUUUCGCAAAACGAACGCAUUCCAUUUGGUGUCAUUAGCAAUGGUUUGAAGAUUUUGAAUUCUUUGCCCGAUUAUGGCUCUAAAAAUGGAAAAACCAAAAAGGAAAUUAUAGUUGUAGAUUGUGGCGUUUUGUAAAGUUUAACACCGGUAUUCACACAACUUAAUGUAGAGUUGAAAUAGGAUUAUUUGACAGAUUUCCUUCAUGGAACUGUCAAAUUAAUCUGUUUAAGGCUUCAUUAAGAUUUGUGGAUAAAAGCCAAAUAUUUUGAUUUCGAGAUAGAAAUAAACCUAUGACAAAAAAAGAAA